AUGUCGGGCUCAGAGAUCAACCAGGUUUUGGCCAAUUCGCUGUCGCCUGACGCGAACUUGCGCAAUGCUGCCGAGCAGCAACUCACACAAGCCGCCGAGAACAACUUCCCGCUAUACCUCGCAACCCUCGUUCAAGAACUCGCAAACGACAGCGCCGAUGGUUCCAUCCGUGCCGCUGCCGGUCUCGCCCUCAAGAACGCCUUCACCGCCCGUGACUUCAACCGCCACCAGGAGCUCCAGGCAAAAUGGCUUCAGCAGACCGAUGACGAGACAAAGACCCAGGUCAAGAACUUGACCCUGCAAACGCUCGCCUCGACCAACUCCCAGGCCGGCCAGGCCGCCGCCCAAGUCAUCUCCUCCAUCGCCGGACUCGAACUGCCCAGGGGCCAGUGGGGAGACUUGAUGAGCACCCUCGUCAAGAACGUCAGCGACGGCGCCGAGCACCAGAAGCAGGCAUCCCUUACCACGAUCGGUUACAUCUGCGAAAGCCAAGAUCCCGAUCUGCGCACCGCUCUCAUUGCCCACUCCAACGCCAUCUUGACCGCCGUCGUCCAGGGUGCCCGCAAGGAGGAGACGAGUCUCGAGGUUCGCCUGGCCGCUAUUACCGCUUUGGGUGACUCGCUCGAGUUCGUCGGCAACAACUUCAAGCAUGAGGGCGAGCGCAACUACAUCAUGCAGGUCGUCUGCGAGGCCACCCAGGCCGACGACUCCCGGAUACAGCAGGGCGCUUUCGGCUGCCUGAACCGCAUCAUGAACCUCUACUACGACAACAUGCGCUUCUACAUGGAGAAGGCCCUGUUCGGUCUGACCAUUCUGGGCAUGAAGUCUUCGGACGAGGAUGUCGCCAAGUUGGCCGUCGAGUUCUGGAGCACAGUCUGCGAGGAGGAGAUUGCUAUCGAGGACGACAACUCCAUGGUUGAGAGCUCCGACCAGAUGCGCCCCUUCUACAACUUCGCUCGCGUAGCUGCCAACGAAGUUGUCCCCGUCCUCCUUAUGCUUCUGACCAAGCAGGACGAGGAUGCCGCCGAUGACGAGUACAACCUGGCCCGUGCCGCCUACCAAUGUCUCGUCCUCUACGCCGGCGCCAUCAAUGCCGCCAUCAUUGCCCCCGUUCUCCAGUUCGUCGAGGGCAACCUCCGCGCCGAAGACUGGCACCACCGUGAUGCCGCCGUUUCUGCUUUCGGCGCCAUCAUGGAGGGACCCGACGAGAAGGUCCUCGACCCCAUCGUCAAGCAGGCUCUUCCUAUUCUCAUCGGCAUGAUGGACGACAGCUCCCUCCAUGUCAAGGACUCUACCGCCUACGCCCUUGGUCGCAUCACCGAGCACGUCUUUGGUAGCAUCGACCCCAACCAGCACCUCGACCCUCUCAUCCGCUCCCUGUUCAACGGCCUCAUGAGCAAUGUCAAGAUAGCCUCUUCUUGCUGCUGGGCUCUGAUGAACCUGGCGGAGCGCUUCUCCGGCGACCUCGGCGCCGCCCAGAACCCGCUCACCCCUCACUUCAACCAGAGCGUCACGAACCUCCUCGCCCUGACCACCCGUCCCGAUUGCGACGCCUACGUCCGCACCGCCGCGUACGAGGUCCUCAACGUCUUCGUUCAGAACGCCGCCUCGGAGAGCAUGCAGUCCAUUGCCACCCUGUCUUCAGUCAUCAUCGAGCGUCUUGAAAACACUGUCCCCAUGCAGAGCCAAGUCGUCAGUGUCGAGGAUAGGAUCAUGCUCGAGGAGAUGCAGUCGAGCUUGUGCACGGUUCUCCAGGCCAUCAUCCAGAGGUUGGACAAGGAGAUCAUCCCUCAGGGCGACCGCAUCAUGCAGACCCUGCUCCAGAUCCUCAGCACCGUCGGCGGCAAGUCCAGCGUUCCCGACGCCGUCUUCGCCACCAUCAGCGCUCUCGCCAACGCCAUGGAGGAGGACUUCUCCAAGUACAUGGAGGCUUUCACUCCCUUCCUCUACAACGCCCUCGGCAACCAGGAGGAGCCCAGUCUCUGCGCCAUGGCUAUCGGUCUUGUCAGUGACCUGACCCGCAGCUUGGGCGAGCGCAGCCAGCCGUACUGCGACAACUUCAUGAACCACUUGCUGCACAACCUGAAGAGCCCCAAUCUCAGCAACCAGUUCAAGCCCGCCAUCCUGCAGUGCUUCGGCGACAUUGCUGGCGCCAUUGGCGGCCACUUCGAGACCUACCUGUCCGUCAUCGCCCAGGUCCUGCAACAGGCCGCGACCGUUAACGCCGGUCCCGAGGGCCCGUACGAGAUGUACGACUACGUCAUCUCUCUGCGCGAGGGUAUCAUGGACGCCUGGGGUGGCAUUAUUGGUGCCAUGAGGGCCGGUAACAAGACCCCCGCUCUCCAGGAGUACGUCCCUUCGAUCUUCCAGCUGUUGAACCUCAUUGCCAGCGACAUGAACCGCAGCGAGGCUCUCAUGAGGGCAUCCAUGGGUGUCAUUGGUGACCUUGCCGAGGCCUACCCCAACGGCGAGCUCGUCGACAUCUUCCGCCAGGACUGGCUUGCGGCUCUCAUCAAGGAGACCAAGAGCAACCGCGAUUUCCAGCCGAGGACUACCGAAACCGCCCGCUGGGCCCGGGAGCAGGUCAAGCGCCAGCUUGGCGGCUCUGCCAGCGUCAUGGCCCAGACCUGA